UUAGUAUCCCCAAUCCCACCCAAACCCUCAAACGAACUGCUCUCUUUCUCUCUCUUCUCUUUUUUCAAAAAAAUUAGAGAGCUCUUCAGAGAAGGAAGGUGCAUUAGAAGAGCAUUGGACCACCAUUUAUCUCAACUUGAAGCUCCGAUUUUAUCUCAACAGACAGCAGGUUUACAUGGAAAGAUUUUAUAAAAGAGCAUUGGAACCACCAUUUAUUAUUGGAAAAAAUAAUGAUAGUGCCAAAUCAAGUAGGGACAAUUUUGAUGCAAAAGACCUUCCUACAGAUCCGGGAUUAAGAAUUCAGAUUUUGGAAUAUAAUCCAAAUAUUCGAGAUGAAGUUCGAAGGGCAUACAUAUCGAGGGGUGCUUGUCAACCAUUGAAGCAUAAUUUUCCUUUUACAACCUUCGGGAAAAAAUCAAGGCGUUUCAAUUCUAAUUGGUUUUCUGAAUAUGCAAAUUGGUUGGAGUAUAGUAUAUCCAAAGAUGCUGCAUUUUGCCUGUGUUGUUAUCUCUUUAAAUGACCGUUAAAUGCAGCUCAUGGAGUUAAAUGACCGUUUCAGUGAGGCAAAUACAGAUUUGUUACUUUCUGUUGCAUGUUUAUGUCCAGAUGAUUCAUUCUCGGCUUUUGAUAAGCAUAGAUUGAUUAAUCUUGCUAGAUUCUACCCUCAAGACUUCUCUACAUUUCAGAUUGAGGCACUUGAUGAUCAGCUUGAAACUUAUAUCCUUGAUAUGCGUUCUACUGAUGGGUUUGGAAGAUUAAAAGGUAUUGGAGCUCUUGCACAAAAUAUGGUUGAGACGAAAAAGCAUGAGGUAUAUCCAUUGCUUUAUUUGCUUAUAACACUAGCUCUUAUUCUUCCGGUUGCCACUGCUACAGUUGAAAGGGUAUUUUCUGCAAUGAAUAUCAUAAAGAAUCGUCUACGCGGUCGGAUGGGAGAUCAGUGGAUGAAUGAUAGUUUGGUUGUAUAUAUUGAGAAAGAGAUUUUUGAUAGUGUUGAUAAUGAGUCAAUCAUGCAAAUGUUUCAGUCAAUGAAAACUCGCAGAUUUCAAUUGUAAUAGACUUGAAUUAUCGUGUAGUAAUUUUUUUGAACGUAUUUUUUAUAUAUAAUUAUUUUGUGCCCCCGUAACACAA